GUAUUUAUGACGUCACAAGGGUUGAUGGAAAUUUGCUUUAUCGACUGCAUAUGGCGUCUGCCGCGGUCGCGAGUCGACAGGAUUGUUUGUCAUCUUCACUGCGAUCGUUUCAUUAUUUAUUUGACACAGUGGUUCAAUAGCUGUGAAAAUGAGUAUUCUGGCCUACAAUGGAGGGGCCAUGAUAGCCAUGAAGGGCAAGAACUGUGUGGCGAUAGCCGCCGAUCGGAGAUUCGGUAUUCAGGCCCAAACUAUCACCUGCGACUUUGAGAAGAUCUACGAAAUGGGGCCCCACCUGUUCCUGGGGUUACCCGGCCUCGCUACUGACGUUCAGACUGUCAUGGAACGCCUGCGAUUUCGCCUGAACCUCUACGAGCUCAAGGAGAACCGCAGGAUGCACCCCAAGACGUUCGCGUCAGUCGUUUCGAAUCUACUUUAUGAGAAACGUUUUGGCACCUACUUCGUGGAGCCCGUGAUUGCUGGCCUCGAUCCGGAUACCUUCGAGCCCUACAUCAGCAAUAUGGACUUCAUCGGGUGCAUCAACGAACCCGAUGACUUUGUCGUGGGAGGAACUGCCGAGGAUCAACUCUACGGAAUGUGUGAAACUGUUUAUGAACCUAAUCUUGAACCUGAUGAUCUCUUCGAGACCAUCAGUCAGGCACUCGUCAAUGCCUGCGAUAGAGAUGCUAUCUCUGGAUGGGGCGGUAUCGUUCACAUCAUUGAAAAGGACAAAGUCACCACCAGAACUAUCAAGACGAGAAUGGAUUAAUUAUCGAAAUAAACAGUUGGGGAAGACCUUUUGUUCUUGAUAAUUUACAUUUUUACUUUUUAAUUAAAUAUACGUUCAUUGAAAAAGAGAA